AUGCUUCAACGUGAGUCUGCCGUCACGGUCGUGUAUUACUUGGUCUCAACACAAACUCCUAGGAGAAGUGCUACACUGCCAUGGAUUGCGACUCCCAUUGACGAAAGAGACGGCAACCCUCCCCAUCUUUACCGUCACUCGGAUGCAACUCCCAUCGAGCUCUUCUUUGAUCUGUUCUUCGUGGCCAAUUUGUCGACCUUUACUGCGACGCAUGAGAUCAACAACAUGGAUGCGCUGGGAGCAUAUAUUGGGUUUCUUGGGGUUAUCUGGUUCACCUGGCUUCAAGUGACACUGUUCGACAUCCGUUUUGGGCGGGAUUCGAUCUUUGAAAGGAUCAGCAAAGCAAUCCAGCUAGGGGCUAUGGUCGGGUUUGCAUCCGCUGGCACUCGAUUCAGCGCUCGCAUUCAUGAUGAAAAUGUCUGGGCUUUCCAGUCCCUCUGUCUGAUUCUGGCGGGCAGUCGGAUGCUGCUAGCCACUCAGUACACCGUCAACAAUAUUGUCUUCAUUCGCCCCCGAAUGAAACCGGCCAUCAAGGGCGUCUCCAUCACGGCCACCAUUCUAUGGUCAGCAAGUCUCUUCUAUCUCGCGAUGUACUUCACCAGUCAGUCUACUGGAUUCCCUUCGCGAGUUUGGACUAUUUGGUUUUUUGUCUUUGGAAUUGAAAUGUGGAUGGUGAUGACAGUCUCGUGUCUCUUUCCAGAGAUCGGGUUUCAAGACACUCAUCUCAAUGUUCGAAUGGGUCUAUUGACGCUGAUCAUAAUCGGGGAGGGUGUCAUUGCAAUCACUCGGAUUGUCAAUAAGACGGUGCGGCCUGGUGGGUGGACCAAAUGGUCGUUUGUCCACAUCCUGGGAGUUACUACUAAUGUGUACCUGCUUUGGCAGUCCUAUUUUGACGUGUCUCCACGACAUAGACUGGGGGUAUUUACUCAGCAAGUUUGGGCUCAACUGCACUUUCCGUUCCAUGUGGCUCUCAUUCUCUUGCUGGAAGGGUCGCAGAUCCUCGCCCUCACCUUGGACGUUACGUUGAAGCUGAUGUAUUUGGGGGAAACCAUCAUGUUUAUCUGCGAGGACCCACGUCCGUCCGCGGACAAAGCUGUCCAGCUCAUCCGAAGCACGAUCGCCGACAUGGAAAUUCCCUUUAGUCGCGGUGCAACCCAGGAGUGGGCCGCCAUCUCGAGUCUCCUGGAAGAUAUUGCGGAGCAACCUUUGUGUCCGGAAACUGGGACUCGACAUUUCUUGCAGAUGGAGGACUUGGUUGACGACCUGAUGGGCAACGUGACAGCUGCACUUUUUUCGAGCAUGGGGAUCAUUCCGACGGUCAAGGGAGACAUUAGCCUCCUUGACCCAGAUCAACUACUGCAGAUGUACAUGAAAGUGCUUGCCUUUGUUUACAAAUAUUUCUUCUCUGUCGCCAGCUUGUCAAUGUGCCUUUUGGCUAUUUUUCUGGCGCUAGCGCGCCGCCACGAGCGCCAGCUAUACCUCGUGCUUUCGAUUGGCAUUCGUUUUGUCCUGGCCAUCGUUCUUGCGAGUCUUGUUUCUUUUGCCAGCCACUUUCCACUUGCAUAUGCCUUCAUGACCUCCCCGAUCAUUCUAUAUGCCGUUACCUUGACUCUCCUGGCGGGUCAGUUCUCUUGGUCUGUCCACAUUAUUAUUAUAUGCUGA